UGUUUCACGUCACACGUCAUAUGCCUUUACUGCUGUCUUCAUUGUCUGUAUCUUGAUAAUUAAGUAGUGCUGCUUACUACGAGCUUCCACAUAUUAACCUUAUCUUACCAAAAAACAUUACUCCACGACUAGCAAAGUUCGACAGCUUUCUGCAAUUGGUCGAAAUUUUUAUGUUAAAUAAUAUCUCUGUUGUAAAUAUUUCUUAACCUCGAGGCAUGAUUUGUACUUAAACCUAUAUAAAGAUGAGUGUGCCUUUGUUUCCCAAAUCCGUCAACAACGCUCAGUCAUGUAUAUGUCGUCGAGUGUGUUCAUAAAUUGGGGGAGGGGUGGAUGUUAAAAAAAGAUGGCCAAGAAAUUUUUAUUUGCCAAGAGAAUAUUAUUAAGAAUAAUCAAGCAGACAACUCAUAAUAUGUUGGGGAGUUUGUGUUAUGCCAUUCAACAAGUUAUUGUACUCUUCGCUUGAAAAGACAAGUGUUAUACGAAUUGAUUGGUGUUGAAAAUGAGCAUUGCAGGCAAAUUUUUUCUUCUCUUGUCCUAUGGAAAUAGAAAGUAUUAACUCUUCACCGCGCAUGAUUCAUAUCACGUAACUAUAACCAAAGUGAAAGCAUUCAAAUAUUUCUUAAAAUCGUAAAUUUUGAGAAUGGAGAGUGAUUUCUAUGAUUAUAUUAGUGACGCUUCCUAAGUAAAAACAUGUAUAAAUUCACUUUUUGGUAGUGUAGAAAUUAUGUUUGGGUGUUCGCCAAUAUUAUAAUAUCUUUAAGAAUUUGCGUUUAGAAUUAACCUUGGAAUAAGCAACACGAAAGAAUUUUGAUAACCUGAUGAGUUCACUGGAGUUUGUCUACAAAGUUGUACGGUCUGGGGGGGCAGCCCCCUUAAAACAUGGCAGGAAAAGUGUACAACUCUGAAUGAAUUCUAUGAAGAGACAAAGUCGGUCGGGAACGAACGCCUUAACUUUCAGUGGAUGGAAAUAUGUGGGUUUGGAAAUAUCGUCAGUGAUACUAAAUUUGAAAAGUUAAAGUUUGUCAUCUAAGUGACAUACGAAGCGAUGCAAGUAAAUGGUAUAGCACGAAGCGAAUCUGAUGUUAUUCAGACGUCGUUUGAAAAGUUUAAUUCUAGUAAAAGAGUGCGAGUUGGUUUUUUAUGGGCGCUUAUAAAUUUUAUGUUAGCUGCUUUCGCCAUCACAGAAAUAUUUUUUGGAUCAGUCUUGGAAGUUGGCGUGAUUUACCAAGAACCUCUGUGGUAUAUUGAGGUAUGCGUUGCCAUAUGGUGCACAAUACGAUUCAUUUCAGAGACUUUCUUGAUUCUAACUUGGCUUUUGGAAAAUCCUGUAAUACUGACAGCCAAACAGUAUCAACUUCUGGCAGUGAAUUCAAAAGAUUCUCGUUUUUCACCAAUGAAGCCAAUAUCACCUAAUGAAUUCUUCACUGAUGACAGCCCAUCUAUCUAUUCUCAAAAAAGAACUCCAGUGUUCCCUAUUUCAGAUGCUCAAAUCAACUUAUCUCCUUUACAGUCUGGCAUCAAUUCCUUUGGUGUGAUGUCAUAUGGUGGUGUGGAUUGCACUUCUAGUUUGCUUUAUGAUAAUGAAAGAUCUAUGUAUCAAACAUCUCCCGGAAGCAUGUCAUUUCGAAAGAGGUUUGUUGGAAGUGGUAGCCCAUCAUUUACUACAAGGACGUCCCCUGUUCUCUAUAAUGAUUUCUCUAUGAAUCAAGAAAAGAACAGUUCCAUUCUGAGUUCCACGCCACCAAGAGCCAUCUCUAUUUCAGAUGAUCGUCUUCGAAAUGCUGAUGCAUUGAAUAGUUUUUUACAGUUUGAAGAAGAUAGAAGGGAGGUUUACCAAGGUGGAUUGAAAACCUCACCACAUGGUCUUUAUCAGUGGUCUUCAUUUGGAUCUCAUGUUGAAUACAACACUCCACUCUCUGUUUACAAAAUUGGAACUCGAAGCCCAUUAAGUGCGACAGCCAAAGAUGAGGAUGAAUAUGGUCAUAUGAGCCCACAAGCUGAAGAGCUUUGGUCAAAGUUUGGUAUCUCUAGACAGGAUCUUGAUAUUUGGACUGAAAAUCUUAGAAAAUGGAUUAGUCAAACUGUUGUCUGUGAGCUUGUCAGGGAAAUUGACGACAUUAAUCUGAGCUUACAGAAAAUGGGUUCAUCUGAACUUCAAAUUGGAUCAAUUAAUUUAGGAAGUUUAAGACUUGUUUCGACCAACAAAGCUGAACAUCUACCGACAUUGGCAGCUGUUUUACCUUACUUAGAACUUAGUUAUAAUCAGGAAUAUCUUGUGGAAAGAAUCAAAGAGUUGGGCGAAGACAGUUGUAUGGGCGUAUACCGCUGGAAAUCUGGUAGUCAUUACCGUGGACGCAACUGGGAUCAGGAUCUACCAACUGACGCACAAAUUGUUAUGCAUAUGUUUUGUACGUACAUGGAUUCCAGGCUCCCUACUGAUGCUCGUUAUCAAGAUGGCAGAUCUUUCACUGGACUUUAUUUCUUGAAAGAUCUCGAUAAAUUAGAUUCCAAAAAACGAGAUCUAGCAAUCCACAGAUUUCAACAGAACCCACCACAUUUCAAGGUUAUCUCUGGUGAUGAAGUAUAUGAUGUGGGAAAGGGACGGAAUAACUUGUUCCACACGAUUAUUUUAUUCUUAAUUCUCGUCAAACGACGACAACACGGCAUGCUUGGACGUGUUAAUCUUGGUCCGUCCGGCGUGAACAUACUAGGGAUUUUCAACAAACGAUAAUGAUAAUAUUGAGAACGCUUGUUUGGAAGUAUUUUUCCUGACUUUAUCUACGUGAUUGUUUUUAAUUAAAAGAAAACUUUUAAUUUCAAGAAGACAUUACGGGAAAUGUCGAGCGCGAGAAGAUUAAAUGGUGCUAUGCACGCAAGUACCAAUGGGAACGAGAACAACGACCAGGAAUCUUUUGCUGAAAUAGUGUCUCAAUUAAGACAGGCUGGUGAUGAGCUCAACAUAAGAUACGCCAACGAUCGUCAUCAUGUUCCUGCUGUACAAGUUGAUGAAUUGGAACGGAUUGCAAUUGAUGUAGUUGUGUUCGUUUUUCGUUUAGUACGUUUUUUGGCGCAUUACUGAUUUCGUGUUUUUUGUUUUUAAUUGAUUUUGUAGAAAAUUGAAAUUGUAUACGUACCAAAUAACCUUGUAAAUUAGUAAUUUUAGUUUAAUUGUUAUAACGGUGAACAGCCCAAGCGCGGGUGUCUCCAUUAAUUUCCGUGUAUGAGACCAUUUUUGAUCUACAAAAUGUGUUUACCAUUGAUGGAAGUGAUGUGUUGAAGUAGCGCGACCUGCUGAGAUAAUUUAUCAUAAUAUAUACAGCUAAGUUACUUCUGAAAUAGACAUGGCUGCUUCAUCAAUGAUUACGUCAUAUACAAUGUUCAACAUUAAUUUUUAAUUAUUAAACGUCCAACUGUUCACGAGACAAUUUGUUUGAACUAAUAAAGAUACUUGGUAAAAUGUGCCUCAGAGAGCAAAGAGAAACUUAAAAUAGCUACGUUUAAAAACCUAAUAUAAUAAAAGUUUCACUGUCACUCAAA